AUGUCAUUAGACAAUCGCUACCAAAAUAGUAUAAUACCUUUACUUGAUCACGUGAAUUCGACUUAUCAAAAGAAGUAUCGGGCUGGAGAGUGGCGAAGUGGACAUGAAAUGUUAUCAGCUCACGCAAUAUGGCCGCUGCCAUCACAAACGUUGAAUCACAACAAUGCGAAUUCAUUUUUCAAGCAAUUGGAGAAAGGACCAAACGCUCUCUCUGUCACUACCGAGGAUAAUGAUGAAACGGUUGAAGAACUGGGAAUUAGUAACAAACACCUUGG